CCCUCUGCUGAGCUGUUGCGUGCUGCUCGUCUCACUGUCCAGAUCUAUGUUGUAGCCUGGAAGGAGCGGGCUGUGUGUGCUUCACAGUACAACGAGCAUACGGGGUGCAAAGGUUGAAUUAGAUUUAUUAUUAUUAUUAUUUCGCCGUGGUCACUUUCUUCGGGGCUUUUUUUUUCUCCUCUGUUUGGAUACCUCUGACUUAGGCAUUGGAUAUGUGCACAAAGGAUGAUGAAAACCCCUUUCCUCAUCGUAGAAGUAAAAUAAAAUAGGCUUUCGCGCACACUGGAUUUACCUCUUGCCGUUCCAUAUGAAGAAGUCAAAAAGUUGGAUAGACGUCUGUGUCCAUUUCCUGCUGUUCAUGACGCUUGGGGUACAUUCAACUGCAACUGGAAAAGUGGUCAAUGAUAUUGACAUAAGAGUCCCUGAUUUGAGACAAAAUAUUCCAAAAGAUUACAAGAUCCCCAUCAAGUUCAUUCCCAAAGAAACGGGCGACAUGUGUUGGGCAAAGUUAAACCUUUACUACUUGGAGGAGAGCUUGAAGGAUUUAUCUGAAAAGUUUGGAAACAUUUCAUCUAAUAAUCAAAACAUACAGAUACUCAUCCAAUUCAUUGAAGAGAAGCGGAUAGGAAUCAGUAAUAUGAAUCCACAAAUGUUAGAGUUUGAGUGCCACUACAGAGUCGGUAAGUGGGAAACAGGGAAAUAUUUUAACUUUGUCGAGGAGGUGUGUAAAACUGCAGACGGAGAAAGACCUGAAGAGGAAUGUGAUCCACCUCCCUGUCCCACCACACCGAUACCAACAGAAGAAUCCUCUUCAGUUCAGUCUACGUCAAGCCAUGACACGUCACACAAUAUUGCUACUAUAGACAUUACACGCUCAUCAGCUUCUUCGCCAAGUCCCCUUCGCCAGGUGGUGGAGAAAAGCCUUUUCUCCUUACUGUUUAUCCCACUGCUGGCCCUAAUCUUCCUGCUUGUGUGGAAGAUCAGGUCAAGAAGGAACAUAGAGCAUCCUCGGUCGAAUCGUGGAGAAGAAGAAGACUUUACAGAACCACAUCUGAUGGCACCUCAGCAGGAUGGUGAAUCGUCAGAAAAAAAUGCGCUGAACAUCCCCGUAGAAGUGUAAAGCUCUGCAAAUGAAAGGGCGCUAGCAUAUUUGGGCUGUGCUCCUCUCUCUUUCUUUUUUUUUUAUCUGAAGGUGUUCAAAGGUGAAAGACAAACACGAACUUGCACACCACAGUGAGACUGUAGAGAUUGAGAGGCCUGUUUUGACUGCACUCCAGAUUAAUGGUGGAAAACAUUGACUGCGAGUUUUGUCAGGUUUAAUCAAACUUGACACUGUUUUUUUUCCCUUUUUUAUAAAACAACAUUAUCCCCGUGCUUUUUGAAAAGGACUAAAGAUUUUAGCCGAUAACCUUUACCCGUCCAAGCCCUAGACGCCCCCGGCUCCAAGCUGUCAUUCAUCAUGACCUGCAUCUUCGACCCUCUGGGGGAAAACUUCGCAUAUUUAUCGAUUUCUUUUUCUUUUUUUUUCUUCCCCUCCAGGUUGCCAUGUUUGCUUCUUGUUUUGUUUUUUUUCCCUCCAGGCUGCCAUGUUUGCUUCUUCUUCUUUUUUUUUCUUUUUUUUUUCCCGCCUGCUUUUCAGUCGUCAAAUGUACAAAGACAAUGUGACUGAUGCCGGCAAUAUCUUGUUUGAACUGGGGCAUGAAUUUCUACCUCUGGUAACGCUUCAUGUUAACCACAUCCUCAACAGCUCCCCCACUUUUCUUUUCUUUUCUUUUUUUUCUUUUUAAUUUUUCAGUGUCUGAGGUUCUCCAAAGAAUAGCAAUGCUGAGUGUGGUUGGCCCCAAAGUUCAGUCACAGUAGUCUGACUUGUGUAUGUUCCCAAGAAGAAGAAGGGGGGAGUGGAGGGUAUGAUGUAUUUAUUUAUUGGUGGUUGGCACUCAGUGGCUACUCUUCCAGAGCUGAAAGAUUUUUGUUUAAGGGCACCUUUUACUCAUGGAUCACAUUUAAAAAUUAAAUAAAUAAAUAAAAAAUAAAUCUCUGUACCAACAUAUUGUAAAGCUGAACACAUUAUCCUCUUGAGCAAAUUAUGCUGUCUAUUUCAAUGUAGUUGGCAUAUAUAUAUAUAUAUAUAUAUAUAUAUAUAUAUAUAUAUAUAUAUAUAUAUAUAUAUGCCUUGAGCCACUUUGAAUGUGUGAAUUAUUACAUGGAGAUAAAACAUGUAUUAAAAGUAUGCUGCUUUGACUAACCCCCCAUGUACGCUGUUCAGAACUGCUAAUCCGUAAACUGGGAUGAGACGCGUGGAUCCAAAGUUUAGUCACACAGUCGGAAGCUGUGGUUUCCAUUCCGAAUGUACGCAAAUCUAUGUGGCUUUCUGCUGAUGUUGGGGGGGAAAAACACACACACACACACACACGCACGCACCCCCCUCUCCCCCCACACACACACACACAAUUUUGCAAUUGCUGUGUUUCCGUUAAGUAAGGAAUUAAAUUAGAAUCGUACUGGAAAAAUUUUGUUUGCGCGAUGAGUCAUUAAAAGCCCUGGUCAAACAGUUACAUGAGAUGUAUUCAGGAUUCAGACACGGCGCUCAACGUGUAUCGGCCAAUCAAAGGAGGCAUGGGCGUCUGAUUCAGGUGUUAAGAGUGACAUGCCGCGCCUACUCUGAGUGGCUAUGUUUGCAGCAUUUCGGAGAAAUUGCAGCUGGUGAUUUUACAGAAGAGUUAUGGAUUUAAAACUUCGGAAUGGAACUCAACUUUUUAUUCACUAUGAUGCUAUGGGAGCUCUGAUGGAAUCAGCCGGGCAUUGUCUGAGAAAGUUGCAGUAACAUCUGCCUGUCUCCGUUGCAGUUUUAUGAAAUACAUCUAUUUGGAAAUAGCCCCCCAAAAAAUCUCAUCCUAGAACAAAACAUUUUAUCUUAAUUGGAGCAUUUCCAUGUUCCUAUUUUCAAUUUGUGUAAUCUUAUGGCGAAUGGAAACGCAGCUAAUGAAGGAACAGGAUCAGCUGUCGUUCCUUAGUAAACAUCUGUUAAUUUUUGCCUUUUAUUUCUUUACACGUCCUGCAUAUGUACUUUGCAAGACACCGCCUGUUGCCAGGGAGACCUUUGAUGGCCAUUUUCAUCUGAAUGAUAAAAAAGUAAAAGAUGUUAAAAAAAAAAUUCUACAGUCCUUUUUAAAAAGUCAUAAUCCAUAAAGCAGCAGAUUAAAUCUUUAAAUGUUUAGUAUAAUUUCUGCUUGUCAUCUGUAUUAUUGAUGAAGCUCAGCAUAGAAUACAGCCUGAGGUAUGUGGGCAGAUUGUUGCUGCUGUUUAGGCAUCAAUUAUCAGAUUUCCUUUUAGAAAGCAGAUUGUUGGGGAAUAUAUGAUCACAUAUUGGUGUUAUCAGUGGCAUUAAUUGGGAAUAAGAAGGCAUCUGUAAGGCAUUGGCAGGAUUUGCAGGAAGUAAACACUAUUGUUCCUAAAUUUUCCAGGAAAAUGUCUGAUAACAUUGUAAUCACACCACCCUGGCUGAAAUGGAUAGUUAAACAUUUUUAAAGUGAAGUUAUGAGGCGCUUAUGAACAAUCAAUACCUUACCGGCAAUCCAUUAUAGAUGCUGAUCACUUACAUCUGACCUCAAAAACAGUCAAGCGGUUUAUGCAAGUUCAAGGAAUAUUUUGGCUCAUGUCUCAUUUGAAAAAUAUAAAGGAUUCACAGUAAAAGUCACUGGUAUAAAAGUGGAGUUAAAUGCUUUUUGCAAUAAAUUGCUGUCAGUUUUAUUUUAAUCAGCCAAAAAAGUAAUAGUUAACUCCUAACUAGUCCAGGCUCCUACUGGAUCAGUCAUCAUAAAUGUCUUUUCUGAUUUACAGUAAAUGUAACACGAGAGUUAUCAGCAGCAUCUAACAUAAAAAACCCCUCCAACCUAAAGACACUAUGCAAACUUCUUUUUUUUGUGUAUUUUUACUUAUCGUUUUCAACAAAAAAAUCUAAUACUGGCAGUAAUAACCUUCAGCUUCACCUAAUCUGUCUGAAACUGCAGAAGGAAAUGUGUCGUUUUCCAAAUGCAUUUUGCGAUGAAACCUGUUUACCGUUGCCCUCAAUGAGCUCAAUAACACGGACAAAGUUGGUAGUAAAAUACAUGCAUGGGGAGUUUCUAUGUUUCAUCUGUUUUAAGUCUUUAAAGGUUCUUGUGAAUCAUCCAGCAGGUCGUACUACGCCACAUUUGCUACAUUUAUUUGAACAAAGUCGUGUGAUGUUGCAGCAAUCCCUUUUUGUGGAAAAGCAAAAACAGUGGAGUGCAACCACUCUCUUGUGACAGGAAUCUCCCCCAGCUGAACUGAGGCGCGACAAGCCGGCUGCACCUUUCUCUGUGAAGCAGUUCUGUCUUGGAAUCUCAAACAAAUUGGCCAAAACCGUUAUCUGACCCUGGAGACUUUCUGCAGAAGUGUUGUUGCUUGAAUACUAGUAAACCCUUAGAGAACCUGCCAGGGUUCAAAACUUAAUGGUGAACACUGAGCUUAUCCCGGAGAAAUGACAUACAAACUAAAAUUUUCAUUUUUAUAUAUAUAUAUAUUUUUUUUUUUUGCCUUAAGACACUGUCCACAGAAGUGCACUGUGACCUCAUAUCUAUAUUAAAUAGCUGCAAAAAUUUGGAGGUCUUCAUGGUUAACUUUUUUAUUGUGUGAGUGUGUAUUAGAAGCAAUCAUCUGCCCACAGUUAUCUGAAAUUAGCAGGCAUGCUUCUGCACUUCCUGUCACCAUGAGCAAGGAGCUUCCCCCUGCGGUCGGCAUCGGACGAUAAGACUAUUCAGAUCAGACGAAACAUGAUGGUCAUGAAAAAAAAAAAAGCAAAAAGCAAAGGUUUGACCUAGCAAGAACAACGCAGAUCAGUGUAAGAAAACAGAGCUGAACGUCAUUACAAGGCAAGUAGGAAGUUAGGAAUGAGAACAGGAUACACUGGUUGUGACCUUUGCCCUUUGCAGUUAGACAACUAGCUGAUGGGACGCUAGAAUCUGCUGCAGGUUUUAGUGGACAUUUCACAUCAUCAUAUUUGUGGUCUUAAAUUGUUCUAUUUCCACUCUUGUUUUCGUGCCUUGUUUGAUUAGCAUAUUGGACUCUUGUGUUUGUAAAAAAAAAAAAAAAAAAAAAGAGUCUGCAGCCUAUUUGUGCAUUCCUGUGGCAGCAGAAACAUCAUCCGGGGUCAGUCACUUCUGUUACGAGAGAGGUCAGUCAGCUUGACCUGGAACCAGUCAUAAAUUGGUACUUGUAUUUUUUUGUUUGUUUGUUUGGGUUUUUUUCUGACAACGUAAUUCUUUUACAUCAGCAGAAGGAAUCAACAGUGGUUGUGACAUUUCUUUCCGCGUCAACUUGUUUAACCUUUGCAGACAUUAGAAGCCAUUUCAGCCAUCAACUGCUUGUUUUCUGUGUAAUUGGAGCUAUAUACUGGGAAUUUUUCUUAUAGAAGACAAGAGUAUAUUGUGCAGAGUUUGAUUGUGUGUCUUACAGAAGAAAAGGUAUACCACAUUGGUGUUCGUAUGUUUCUGAUGAGCAGUCAUCCUCAGCUCGUAUUAGCUAGAACUUCCUCGGUGUGGUAAAACGUAUUGUUUAUUGUGUUAAGGUGCAAGAUAACAACAUUACAAGAGCAACAGCAACAAAAAAUAAGAGUGGUAACACAUUAACUGUGCCAUAAUCUUUAUGGCUAAGUCUUUGUCUCAAAAUAUACAGAUAUUUCACGAAGGAACAUCAGAAAUUAGCGGUGAAGGACUGAGAUUUUUAUAUAUUUAAAGAUGGAUUUGUAAACAAUAUUGGAGUAAUAUAUCUAUGACAGGUUAGACCAGUGACUUUCUCCUCCGUCAUCGCUAGCAAGUACUUUUCUACAUCUCUAAAUAAACAUUAAGUCGUCUGUCGUCCCAUGCAGUUUCCAGAGAGACGGGCUCGUCUACCCACAAACUAACAAACAAGGCAUCCUGUUGCUUUUUCUUUUUUUUUUUUAUAUAUAGUCUACAUGAACGUAAGAGCUGUAACGGGUCUAAGCUGUGAACGAGUAAAAAAAAGAAAGGAAAAAAAAGCAUAACACGGUCUCCCAUUUUCCUGUCUACGUCGAAGCCAGAGACUGUUGGUGUGUCUGAUGCAAAGCGAAGCAGUUGACGUGCAUUCGUCGAGAGCAUGACUGCCCUUAAACACUGCUCCCUUGUGUGUUGUUCUGUUUGGCAAUACGAGAGUAGACCCGCAUCCUGAACAGUGCUUUUGGGCACGAGCGAUCCAAUUUGGCCCGUCGCAGUGGGCUGACCAAGCAGCUCUAGGCAGGAAAUAAGUCUGGGUGCCAAAAAAAGAGCAAAUGUAAUUAUAGCCCAGCUGAUAUUCAGGGCAUAAACAAACAAACAGCAAAAAAUAAAACACACACAAAAAAAAACUUAAAAAAAAACUUUAAAAAAGCACCAAAAAACAUUAAAAUGUCUACUGUAUUCUGUAUUUUUGUAUAAAUGUAAACAAGCAUAUAUGGAUUAUGAAUAAAGUACAUGUAUCCAAAUGAUA